AUGGUAUGGCUUGACCCGUUCGCAAAAUACGAACAGGGACUCACUGAACCCGCAGAUAGCCGUACUGGCCACAAAGCAGACCGAUAUUGCUGGGGGCUCCUCAAGUCUAAACCAGAGACCACCCACGCGAUCUGCCUAUACAAUAUACUUGGUGCCGAAGUGACGGCCUCGAAUCUCGUCAUCGCAUACGCCGAGCCUGCUGGCAAGGACGAUAUCUCCGUCACGACCGUCCAAUAUCCAAUUACCGAAAAAGAAAAGAAAGCCGUCGAUGACUGGGUCCAAAAGUUGCUUGAGCUGGCUUAUGGCAAGGCGCUGCGUGGCAAGCGCUUGAAGGUCCUGGUCAAUCCUUUUGGCGGAAAAGGCACAGCGGCUAGCUUGUACCAAACGUACGCAGCGCCAGUCUUUGCAGCAGCGAAAUGUCAGGUGGAUGUCGAACACACAAAACACCAGGGCCAUGCAGUUGACGUCGCAGAGAAACUAGACAUUGACGCCUACGACGCGGUGGUCUGUUGCUCCGGCGAUGGAUUGCCACACGAGGUCUUCAACGGCUUGGGUAAGCGGCCAGACGCUCACAAAGCUCUGACGCAAAUCGCCAUUGCAUCCCUUCCAUGUGGCUCAGGGAAUGGGCUCACUUGGAAUUCUUUCGGCACCGGUAGCGUCUCGAUUGCCGCGCUGGCAAUUGUCAAAGGAUUGCGAACACCUCUAGAUCUCGUCUCCAUCUCUCAAAAAGAUUCGCGCAAGCUGUCUUUCCUCUCACAAUCAUUCGGCAUCGUUGCCGAGUGUGACCUGGCCACUGAGAAUAUUCGAUGGAUGGGGGCUCAGCGAUUCACAUAUGGUUUCCUAGUCCGAUUGAUGCGGCAGACCAUCUGGCCAUGCGAUAUUGCCGUCAAGGUCGAGAUCGGCGACAAAUCGGCAAUCAAAGAACACUACGCGGCGUGGUCUACACGCCCCGCUGAGGAAGAUCACGAUAGCAAGCGACUCCAAGCCGCUGCUCUGUCUCCAGGUCUCCCGGAACUGAAGUAUGGCGGCGUAAUGGAUGAUGUGCCUCAAGACUGGGAUGUCAUACCAGGUGAAACCAUGGGCAAUUUCUACGCAGGAAACAUGGCCAUCAUGUCCAAGGACACAAAUAUGUUCCCUGCCACUUUGCCUGACGAUGGACUCAUGGAUGUUGUCACCAUCGACGGAAGAGUCAGCCGUGGCACCGCAAUCACAAUGAUGAAUGAGAUCCCUAGUGGUCGCUUCUUUGACAUGCCAGAACUCAACCUUCGGAAGGCAUCUGCUUUCCGUCUGACUCCCCACCAGAAGGAAGGAUAUAUCAGUAUUGACGGUGAGCGGGUGCCUUUUGAAGCCUUCCAAGCCGAGGUUCACCAGGGCCUGGGCACCAUCCUCACCAAGUCGGGCCGCCUCUAUGAGGCGGAGGGUCCCCGCUAA